AAAAAAGGGUGGAAACAGGGCGUGGAAUAGCGACUAUGGGAGCUCCCGGGGGAAAGAUCAACCGGCCCCGAACGGAGCUGAAGAAGAAGCUGUUCAAACGCCGGCGGGUGUUGAAUCGGGAGCGGCGUCUGAGGCACCGGGUGGUCGGGGCUGUGAUAGACCAAGGGCUGAUCACGCGGCACCACCUCAAGAAGCGGGCGUCCAGUGCACGUGCCAACAUUACUCUGUCAGGGAAGAAGCGCAGAAAACUCCUCCAGCAGAUCCGGCUUGCCCAGAAAGAGAAGGCAGCCAUGGAAGUGGAAGCCCCUUCAAAGCCAGCCAGGACUAGUGAACCACAGCUCAAAAGGCAAAAGAAGACAAAAGCCCCCCAGGAUGUAGAAAUGAAGGACCUUGAAGAUGAGAGCUAAACCUCUUCCACUAGAAGAUUCUCAACUGCUUCCUUCCUUCCUUCCUUCCUUCCUU